AUGUGGUCACACCGCAACCCCCUCGGGCCUCUGACGGGCCUGCGUCUGGAUGGGAACGUGCACGGCCCUGAAGGCUGCCAUGAGCCCCAAAAGCGGUGCCCGCGGCCUCCCCGCGCCGCCGGCGGGGCCUCUGCUGCCCUCUGGCGGCCGGAGCGCGCGGCACCGCCCUCGGCGCUAACACGGUCCCCGGGCACCGGGCACGCGCCCGCGGACGGCAAAGGGGGCUGCCGCGGGGGCUCGCUCUCGGGACCGAGGAGAGAAGGGACGUACGCCAGGCUCGCCCCGACGCCUGGCGGCGGGGCGCCCACUCCCCCGUCGGCCCCGCUUCGGCUGUCCCCUUGGCCGCCGCCCUCCCCGGCUCCUUUAACGCCCCCUCCGUCCCCUGUAGGAGACGUUUUCAUCCUGGUGUUCAGCCUGGACAACCGCGACUCCUUCGAGGAGGUGCAGAGGCUCAAGCAGCAGAUCCUGGACACCAAGUCUUGCCUCAAGAACAAAACCAAGGAGAACGUGGACGUGCCGCUGGUCAUCUGCGGCAACAAGGGGGACCGGGACUUCUACCGCGAGGUGGAGCCGCGCGAGAUCGAGCAGCUGGUGGGCGACGACCCCCAGCGCUGCGCCUACUUCGAGAUCUCGGCCAAGAAGAACAGCAGCCUGGACCAGAUGUUCCGGGCGCUCUUCGCCAUGGCCAAGCUGCCCAGCGAGAUGAGCCCGGACCUGCACCGCAAGGUGUCCGUGCAGGACUGCGACGUGCUGCACAAGAAGGCGCUGCGGAACAAGAAGCUGCUGCGAGCCGGCAGCGGCGGCGGGGACCCCGGCGACGCCUUCGGCAUCGUGGCGCCCUUCGCGCGCCGGCCCAGCGUGCACAGCGACCUCAUGUACAUCCGCGAGAAGGCCAGCGGCGGCGGCCAGGCCAAGGACAAGGAGCGCUGCGUCAUCAGCUAGGAGCCCCCUCCCCCCCGCCCGCCAAUCCCCCCCGCGCCGGCGACAGAACCUAAGGAGGACCUUUUUUUGAAAAGUCACGUCUGACGUCCGGGCCAGCCCCGGGCCGCGUGCGCGCGGACUGGCGUCUUCCUUCCCCGCGACGCGCGCGCACCGGGGAGGCGCAAACGACGAAGGGACGGUCAUCUGCUCUGGAAGGAAAGAGAACUGGCUCAGACCGGGACUCCCCCCGACCCCCACCUCCCGUCCCCCACGGGCCCUGCCACCCCCACGGGUUGGGGGCACAGGCCCCGGCAGAGGGGGAAUUUGUCUUGUUUCUCACAAAGACAAGAAUGGGGGUGGGGGGUGGUAUAAGUUAAUCAGCCUCCGUUAGGCUUUGGGAAACCUGUCCUGCUCCCUGGAGGGUCAAGACGGGACAAAUGGGGCAUUAACUUGUCUGUGAUUCUGGGUUGCCAUGACAGCAAACGAAAGCCUCUGCCCUCCCGAGACUAAGGGGGUGUGGGUCAGAUCAUAGCCAAGUGACUUGUUUACAUGUGUGUGUGAAAUUGCACAAAGGAAAACAAAACACACAACUUGCACUUUAAUAGUAGUUCUGAGGUCAUCAUGGACAUGAACAAACUCUUACCCAGCUGUUCGUACUGUGUGUGUGAGACAGUCUUUAUAAAGUUAUUGCUAUUGUUUUUUUUAUAAUACAAAAUAAAAUAAUUUAAAACAGAAA